AAUUGAAGUCGUAUGAUACGAUUGUGCAAACUGCACACACACUCACACACACACACACAGACAGCACCGGGACACCGUGUUCAGUGGAAACACUUCAUCUGUACGGUACAUACGACAAUGAUGUCCUCUGACUAGUCUGUGGUAAGAUACAGUGAGUGUUGUGAAUCAACAUCAUGCACCUACCAGCCCCUUCUUAAAGUCCCACCUGCUCCUCAGCUUGACCUCUAGCAUCCUCCCUCAAACACCAUGGAUCCUCCUGACCAGCAGACCAGCCCUCUUCCCCAGCCCAGUGCAGAGUACUUCAAAUGGGACUACCGCCUUCAGCUCAUCGGCCUGGGCUUUGGCUUCUAUGCAGGAAUAUUCCUCCUCUCCCACCUCCUGUCUGUGGCAUUGUGCCGCACCUACAACUCCCUGAUAGCUAAGGAGAAGGUUUUCUGGAACCUCGCAGCGACUCGGGCAGUGUUCGGCAUCCAGAGUAUUAUAGCCGGUCUCCGAGCCCUGACUGAGGACUCGGCGUUAACCAGAGACAGAGUGAGGGGACAAGAAGACUGGUCGUGGUUCAAUGUCCUCACAGCCACAGGUUUCUUUGUGUUUGAGAAUGUGGCACUGCACACCUCCAGUGUUGUAUUUCGGUCAUUUGACCUCCCGCUGGCCACGCACCAUUUCUUUGCCCUGACGGGAUAUGCAUCAGUGGCGGUGUGGGAUUCCCUGGGCCACUUCCUGUCGAUGGUUACGCUGCUGCUGGAGAUGAGCACGCCAUUCACCUGUAUAUCCUGGAUGUUACUGAAGGCUGGCUGGGCACGCACCCUGUUUUGGAGAGCCAACCAGUGGGUGAUGAUCCACACAUUCCACUGUCGCAUGGUGCUCACCUACUACAUGUGGUGGGUAUCCUUGACCCAUUGGGGAGAGCUCAGCACCGUAGCACCCCUUCCCCUUCCCCCUCUCCUGAUCUUCUUCGUUGGCCUCGCGCUGCUCACAUUUAUCAUCAACCCCAUCUGGACGCACAAGAAGACCAUGCAGCUGCUUAAUCCUGUGGACUGGAACUUUGAAAACAAGCCGGCACCGCUAAAUGGCGCCGCAGGGGGUCAGUCUGAGGUUUCUGUCAAACCCCAUGCCAGCUGAGUGGUACCAAGGAGGACAUUUCUUAUCUGAAAGAUGCGAUAUCUUUUUCUUUUUUAAAUUUUUCUAUUGGAUCCGUGAAGUUACUUUUAGAGUGAUGAUAGUGAGAUAGGUAUUGUUAAGGUUUAUUUUAUUAAAACUUUUAUAAGCAUUAAAGGUGUGUAGGAUCUGGCAGCAUCUAAUGGUGAGGUUGCAGUUUGCAACCGCUAAAACCUCUCCCAUGUGCCAAGCGUUUAGGAGAACUACGGAGAUCGACACGAAUACGUGAGUUGCUCUAUCUAGAGCCAGUGUUUGGUUUGUCUGUAGAAACAUGGUGGACUUUUCCCUUGCGUUAUAAGUGAACUUUGCUGAAAACCCAAACAGGUUAAUUGUGUUUAAGUAAAAAGUUUACUCUGUUGUCAUCCCCCAGGCUUUUACUUUCAUAUUAGAUUAUUUUAGAUUAGUUUUUUAAAAAGUUCGGUUGUGUAGGGCAGUGGAAAGGGACCCUGCUUGUUUGAAUCACCUUCAGGACACUGUGUUGUGAAAUGUCCAGUGUACCCGUCAUAUGAUUGGUUAUUUAUUCACAUUAGAAAAAACACACAAGACAGCGCUUCUUACAAGAGCCAUUCAGGAGCACAAACUUACAAAUUAAUAUCUUGUUUACCAGAAAAAAUAACCCUAUAGAGAGGAGUCUUAAUACUUUUCAGUAACUCUACACCUACAGUAUUUAAAGAAGUACAUCCUGUAAUGCUUGAGGAGGUUUGGUACUAUAUAUAUCUUUGUGUACCCACAGCUGCUUUUGGUGUGUUGCUACUGACAGUGAAGUCCAGUUGAUUUCAUUUAUGAAGUAAAAGAAGCCUAGUAACAUGUUGUGUGGGGACACGACAGUAGAGGUUAUACUUAUUCUCAGUAGUCCUCAAACAUCCCAGUAGUGAAGUCACAUUAAGAAUGUGGCCUUUGUCAUACACGGCUCCAGUGGUGCGUUUAUAACAGACGUAGUUGUUCAGCAGGAAACUUGGUUAAAGUUUAAAGAUUGAGGAUCUGUAGGUUAGUCAUUGGAGCUAUUGCACGCUGAGUGGACAAUUGGAUCAGUCCAUUCAUGAGUCACAUUGGUGUUUUUGGCCUGUGAAUCCUCUCUCAGUAGAGAGGGAAAUAUUUAGCAUGGUCAUGACAGAAAAGGCGUUGGAACACAAUCUUCUUUAUUUGUGGAAGAAAGCACAGGACUGAUCCACUCCAUAGAGGCUCUUAUGUCCAAAAUAGAGAUGUAAUGUGACAAAACGGAAGCUGUGUUGAUAGAGAUUAACCAAACAACCUGUUGAUCAUGAUGCUUUAUUAUUAUAAGUCAAAGUUUUAUUUCUACUUAAGCAACCUUCAAAAUUUCAAUAACAUUUUUGUGCUGUGUUUUUCACACAAUGGCCUCAUUGUACUGGACGCCUUGGCAUUGUGUGUUGGGUUUGUCCAUUGUUUCAUAUCUGGCAUCAGUAGUUUUGUUGAAUUGUCACUCUGAUGCAAACUUUCAGAUCCUUUUCAAUUUCUCACACUUCUCAGUGUUUUGGCUGUAACAGCAUUGUAGCUCAUAUGUAAUUUUUUUUUAGACUUUCACCAUUAGUAUUAAUUAAUCUAGCUUAACAUCUUGAGGAUAUUAUGCAACACUUUGAGUUGGGCCUGAGGGCUGACUCAAAAAAUAAAGCUGAGUUUUACUCAUCAACAUUAUCCACAUAACUGUAACCUGCCUCACAAAACCGGCGUCGGAAUGACUGAGACGAAGCUACACUUUGUCCCGUUGAGUGGAUUGUUUUGUUCUUUUGUUUACAUGGUACAACCACAGUGACUGAAUUGAACCAAUAAAGCAAAAUUAUUUAUGACAUUUUAAAAGUAUUUUCAUCAGUUAAUUUAUAAACAAAUAUGACAAUAAUUCUUUAUCCUCUAACUUUACAUCUGACUAUAUUAUUACUAAAAAAUACUAAUAUCAGAUAGUGUUUGAUUUUCACAUUGCACUUCAUUUGUUAUGACAGCAUAGAAUUAUGGAAUGGGUGGAGGAUUCCCUGUAAGAUCUAAGGUUUAACAUCAUGAUUGUGUUGGGAAAUGCAUCAAUAUGAGUAACAAAAUAAAAUGUUUACUCUCAUACAGUAUUGUGUCUUUUGGUUAUGUUGAGAAUGUGUUAAAGCUGUGCAGUAGAGCACCUGCCUCUAGGUGGCAGAAUAGGAGAAAUUAUUUCUUUAAUAUGUGCUAGCUUAUUGACCAGAUAUCUGAGUUUGACAUGUUUUUCCAGUCUAAGUUUGUAUUGUCCCUGAAAAAUUAGCACAGCUCUUUAACAGGUCUAUGUUACAAAGCAGACAAUAUGGUUUCUUUUCAAAGUAUUUCAUUAAUUAAGCCAAGGAACGAUAUGAAAACUUGGAGAUGUUUGUGUGCAGGGUUUGAUGAGAAAAUGAGUUUUCCAUAGAAAAACAAAAAUUGCAAUUGGUGUGGAGAAGUUAAUUAAAGUGUGACCUAUUGACCUCAAACCAGCUUCAGUUAUAUUUCGGGUUCUUUUUAAAUUGUAAUGUAUUUUAAAAGUUACCCUUUUGUGAAAUGUUUAGUGUGGGUGUGGGGGAGAUGUUUAAGUCCUUAAAUUUGCUUUAAAACUGCUAUUUCUUUGAACUACAUGUCAUUUUGUUCAAAAACAAAUCUGAUGAAAUAAAAGUAGUUGUUUCAAAGCC